AUGCUUUUCGAUAAAGUGAAGCCCCACCAGGACCCGAUUGAUUCGGAGUCUGGAUAUACUGAAAAGAAGGCGAUGGGGGAUCAGAAGCCCAAGUAUCAGGAUGCUUUCGGUGAUGAGGAAGGUGCGGAGGUCAAAUACAAAACUAUGAAGUGGUGGCAAACGGGAAUGUUCAUGAUUGCUGAGUCCGUCUCUCUCGGUGUUCUGUCCCUCCCCAAGACCCUCGCCCAGCUGGGUCUCGCCCCGGCUCUUAUCCUCAUUAUUGGACUGGGACUCCUCGCUACCUACACUGGAUACACGAUCUACCAAUUCCGCAUGCGCUACCCUCACAUUCAAAACUUGGGCGAUGCAGGCGAGGUUCUCCUCGGUGCUUUUGGACGUGAGCUGUUUGGUAUUGGCCAGCUGCUCUUCUCGAUUUUCAUCAUGGGUAGUCACAUCCUGACAUUCAGUAUCAUGAUGAACACCGUCACCGAACACGGUACUUGCACAAUGGUUUUCACUUUUGUUGGAUUCGUCAUCUGCUUCGUCUUCUCCCUGCCCCGUACUAUGAAGAACAUGACCCACAUCUCGUGCAUGUCUUUCCUGAGUAUUCUGACUGCCGUCAUCAUCACCAUGAUUGGUGUUGGUGUCCAGAACGAGGGUGGUGUGGGCCUUAAGGCUACUGUCGAUACCGAUCUGUUCCAGGCCUUCAGCGCUGUUACCAACAUUGUCUUUGCCUACUGUGCCCACGUUGCCUUCUUCGGCCUGAUUGCUGAGAUGGAGGAGCCCCGGGACUUCCCCAAGGCUUUGCUCUUGCUGCAGACCUUCGAGAUCAUCUUCUACGUCGUCGCUGCCGUUGUCAUCUACUACUACGUUGGCCAGGAUGUUGUUUCUCCCGCUCUCGGAUCUGCCGGUCCUAUCCUGAAGAAGGUCGCUUAUGGAAUUGCCAUCCCCACUAUUAUCGGUGCUGGUGUCGUCAACGGCCACAUCGGCCUCAAGUACAUCUACGUCCGUUUGUUCCGUGGAACGGACCGCAUGCAAAAGCGCGACCUGGUUGCCGUUGGCUCCUGGGUUGCCAUUGGCUUCACUUGCUGGGUUAUCGCAUGGAUCAUUGCUGAUGCCAUUCCCGUGUUCAGUGAUCUGCUGAGUCUGAUUAGCUCCCUCUUCGCCAGUUGGUUCAGUUACGGCCUUGGUGGUGUGUACUGGCUGCACAUCAACAAGGGCCGCUGGUUCUCCUCUCCCCGCAAGAUUGCGCUCACUAUCGUGAAUGUCUGUGUCAUUCUGAUCGGUGGUUGCAUGUGUGGUCUGGGUCUUUACGUCUCUGGCAAGGCUAUUCACGACAACUCCUCCAGCAACAGCUUCUCCUGCGGCAACAAUGCCGUGGUUUAA